CCCAAUGACCAUCAACUGACUGAAGGUUUCCAUUUCAAUCCGUCGUUGAAUUCAUAUGAUUCAGUGGUCUAAAACUAUUCUUAAACACAAAAAAAUAUGAGGACUGACAGGCUUCAUUUCUGGGUACUGUUUUAUUACUUGCUAAACGAUUUUGAUCUGUUUUUGUUCGGACCUUAUCGUGGCAUUUAUUCCGUUGAAGCCGAUGGAGCCGGGAUGAUGGACAAUUCUUCACGUUCACAGAGAAAGCCUGACGAUACUCAAAGGCAAAAAUUGUUAACAGCGCUUCAAUAUGUGGAGAAGAUUCAGAGGCAAAUGUCGAAGAGUUUGAACUGUACGCCUAAUCAAUCUGUUAUCCUCGAUAUCGCUUUUCAGCAUGCUCGAUGGAAGAGCGAAGCCCUGCUUGCCGUAAAAGUAGCAAAUCUCUUGACUUCAUUAUGGCGAGUAAGAAACGCGAAUGGCUCCUCCAUGGCGGAGAAUGACACUUUUCUUUAUAAUCUCGUACGAUCGAACCUUCUUUUUUCGCCUUCCGUUUUCGGCUCCGUCAUUUGCUUUGAAAAAAACCAGUACAGGGACUACGUGAUCUUUUGCCCGUACGCCUUCAGGGACAAAAAAUAUGGUGGUGCUGUCCAUGUUAAAGACAUUUCCGUCGGUCAUAAUUAUUUAACAAGUCCAGAAACCAUUUGGUGGCGGGAGCCACGAGAAAUAAAUUUAAGGCGAUCACCGAAGCUCCGCAAGGACAUAACUGAUAUAUACACUGUUCGACAUAACCAAACUACCGCAGAGCCUGUCCGUAACGUUUCGGUACCAGUUGUAGAAUACGAUGCUGAUGGUUUCUGGACUCGUCCCUACUUCGAUUGCUUUGGCGGAGAAAUCUGGAUGAUCACAUUUUUGGCGCCGUUUUUUAACGAGUCAAAUCAAUUUCUGUGAGUAUUUGUUUCUUUUCUUGUAUGUUAACUUGUCAUGACGUGCUUGCUAUUGCGUUAUACACGUAGUUACGUAUUACAUAGUAGUUAUUCGCCUCAUUUAAGCGCUGGAAGUAUAGAGCAGACUGAUUGUUCGAAAAGACUUAUCAUAUAUUUAUGAAUCGGUUGCAUUGGAGACGGCAAUCAAAGCUAGUACAAAUUUAUUUAGAAAUGAAAAAAAAAACAAAAACAAAAAAACCCCGGAAUUUUGCGUUUUUCUUUAUGGAAGGCAAGAUUGUUGAUAUUGUGCGGUUGUUUUCCUCUUGAGCAAUAUAAUUUUCCGAAGUACCUUGAACUUGAAGAUUUGUUAAAUACCGAAACAUCAUAAAUCAUUUUCAUUUACGAAUGUAAAUUUUGAGGUAGCGCCAUGAAAAUGAAUACAAUAGAUGAAAACCGAAAGAAAAUAAUUACGGUUCGUAUAACUUUUACAUGGUUUUUAGCACGUAUAAUCGUGGAAAAGAUUAGUAUAUUUAUAAUCUUUAGCUUUUGGUGGUGAGUGUGUGGGAAAUGAUUGAUGCGAAAUUACGUGUUUGCAAUGCCAAUCUGUCCACAAAAGUUUGACCAGACCAUUAAAGUUUAAAAAUUUCAUUGAAAAUAAUGGUUCUAUAGAAAAUAAUUUGAAAAGUUCACCAUGCCGUGGGGUAAAUUAAGGUAAAAUGUUGAGCAAAUUUCAGUGGGAAGUUGGACAUAUCUUAUAUAAUCGGCUUAUUAAAAAUCACCCGUUAUGAUCGGUACAAGUGUAAGCGUGUCCAACAGCAAUUUAUAACCCAGUAUUUUAGCAAACAGUUGAUUGAAACCAUCGUUAACAAGAACGAACCGCAAUGCAUGUUGCUGUCUUUAAAUCCUCAAAAGCUGUCUCAUUAUCUUACAGCUGUUAAGACAUACUUGUUCAAUAGCGACAGGCCUAAGAGGUUUUGGUUUACUUUGUCAAAAGAAGAUCAAAGCCAAUUUUUCUUUUUUUCCUACGCAUUUAUUUUAAUUUUUUUUCCUCUGUUCAUUAACUAGGCAUCGCUGUUUCGUAUCGUAUCGUAUCAAGUUAAAACGCGUUUAUUUCUAUAUUAGAGCCCAAUUUUUCGGCUGAAACAUGGUCUUUACUGGUAUGAAACACCACUGGAAUACAGUCAUCAAUACUACCGUGUGAGGAGAGAUCGGGACCAUAUUUCCCUGCCGAUUCGGUUUUCCUAGUUAAGUCAGGAUAUUAGAUAAAGCCAGCUUAUCUAGGAAAUCCUGGGAAGGUAUAUGAAUUAUAAUUGGUCAUCGAACGGGCACAGAAACUUGAUAACAUGGUGGACGCUAACUAAUUACCUUCACUAACUAACUACAUUUGGCCGUAGGCAGAAAACGAGCGGCACGAAAGAGCGAAUUAAAUUUCCGUAGUCCAGAAAAUAAAAGAAAAGAAAAAAGAAAAAGAAAGAAAGAAAGAAAGAAAGAAAAAAAGAAAGAAAGAGGAAAGUGGGACGUUUUAACUCUCUGUAUCUUUACUAUCAAAUAGAAGAAGAAGUAUUUGAGGGUGCCAGUCGCCUUCGGUUUUCAUAAAUAAUAUUUUAGAGUGGUUUUUGACAUUGCUAUCAUUGAAUCGUUCCCGCUUGGGUAAUAUCAGUAGGUACGGUAAAAUUAAGAACCCGCUUAUUUCCAUACCAUUUAUUCUACAGUUACGGCAUGGAAAACAGGUUGCCCUCAUUAAGAAUUUUUUUUUUUUCAACAUUUCUUUUCCUUUUCGCUCUUUUUAAUCCUCGCAAUCUAAUUAUUUCUGCUUUUAAACGCGUUCCGAGUUUGAUUUUCUCCUUCAAAAUCAGCGUCUGGCUAACUUGAAGAAUCAUGGGAAAAUUAAGUUCUACCUGUCUCGUUUUAUACCGUUUCCAACCUAUGCCUUCACUCGUGUCUUUUAUUUGUACAGUGGACUUGGAUUUUCCAUUAGCCUCUCUCGAUGAGUUUUAAUGCUCUUAAAGCAAUUAUUGCAUUACACUAACAGCAAGGUCAUAUUUAUUUGCGAAGAGUCUUCGCCAAUGAAUAUGAUGUUAAAUCAAUAGAGUGUGCGUAUUUUUAUGCUGAAACCCAUCUGCUUUAUAAUUAUGCACAGCGAACCCUUAAAGCGGAAAGCUUAUCUAUUAUUUUGCGCCCCAUACUGCGGACUUUUUAAAAGACAGCUUUUGAGGUGGGUAUAGGGGUGAGGACAUAUUAGGAAGUGAGGGGAAGGGGGGGGGGUAAUAGAUCAAGGAAUACGGUAUUUGAAAGUUACAUGAACGUGCAAGCAAAUGUUAUCAGGAAAAGUCGUUUUUACUAGAUUGGUCUGUGGUUAGCUACAAUUAGCGAGAUUAUCUUCCGGCUUAAAGCUUUAAAGCGAUAAAACUUAAAUCCCAUCAUCUCUGUGAUGGUUUUGAACGUUGUAAGAGUAGAUGACCACUACGUUCUACUUUCAAGACCUUUGACCUCUGAGCAAACGUACUGAUUGCUUGCGAAAACUUGUUUCAAAACCCCAUUUCCGUUCAGUACAGCUAAACGUUUCAGUAGGUGGAAAGACGAUUUCAGUUUUUAAAAGGAGUGAGACAUAAAUACCCAUGGUGCUGAAUACUGUUGUGUGCUGUUGUGUGUUGUGUUUCAAUGAUGAUAAUGAUAAUCAUACUACCACUACUGCUGCUGCUACUACUACUACUAGAUGGUGAUGGUGAUGGUGAUGGUGAUGGUGAUGGUGAUGGUGAUGGUGAUGGUGAUGGUGAUGGUGAUGGUGAUGGUGAUGGUGAUGGUGAUGGUGAUGGUGAUGGUGAUGGUGUACCACUACCACUACUACUACUAACACUACUACUUCUACUACUAGUACUACUACCACUACCACUAUCACUACCACUUCUACCACCUUCACUACCAUCCGUACAUUUCUCUCAUCUGGAAAUAUGAGACGAUUUGUAAUGUGGAAUUCUUUAAAUUCUCCCUGACCAUCCUAGUUGUAAUACACAUUCUUUUUUCAGCAAAUGUCAGAACCAAACCUCGGCCGUGCCUUUAAUUUGAUUCCCAAUCUCAUUUUACUUUCUAAUUUUUUCACGUUCAAUCUUUAUGUUUUUUAAUUUACUUGUUUAUUUAUCUAUUUAUUUAUUUAUUUAUUACUUAUUUCAGGGGUGUAGUGAGUAUAGACGUUGAGCUGAGCAGUAUUGAUAUAAAUCAGUGCGAUGCUCAAGAUUCUACGGAAGAAAUUGGUGGCGGAAAAAAUGGGAAAAGUGACAGAACAGGAAGUACAGAUUCGGUGAAGCUACUUGAGUUCAUGGGCACGCACAAGUGCAAGAAGUCGACAAAGGUAAUAACAAAUCCCCUCCAAAAAUGACGACUGUUUCAUAUUAUCUUGGUUACAUUUUAAGCAAGAUGCAUUAUAAAAUAAGGUCUUCUUCAGGUCUCAGUGUCUAGAUGGGGCAUAGCCUGAAAAAACAGCCGUCGACAUUCCGCGACACCACUACUGCAUGGUUUCCCUACGAAAUGACGCCUGAGAAACAAGCGCAGAAAUGCCAUACUGAUAACCCGUCACUACCCAGAUCUGGGUAGUAUUUCUGGUUGGUUGCACAGAGUGAGAAAUUUGCUUCAACCAAUCAGAUGCACUAGCCAGAUCUAGGCAGUGAUUCGUCAUCUGUAUGGAAUUUCUACGCUCGUUUCUCAGACGUCGUCUCGCGGGGAAACUAGUGGUGGCGUCAAGAAAUGUCGGCUAUUUUCCCAGGAUAGAUAUGGCAGUACGACAGCUUAUUUCUGUUAUUUGCUUAUUGGUGUCGUUUCUUCGUUUCUUCCUUUUGUUUUCUUUCAACCGCAAAUUCCAAUUACAGUUGACUCCCGAUAACUCGAACCCUCCCUAACUCGAACCUCGCGCUAACUCGAAACAAAAUCGAUUUCCCCUGGAUUUACGUCAUAUAUUUACUGUGAUUUUACCCUCGGUAACUCGAACCCUCGAUAACUCGAAACUUCCGCUAACUCGAAGUAAUUUUUGUUUCCCCUAAGAUCAUUUCUAUAUAAUUCUACCCUCGAUAACUCGAACCAUGUUUUGAGCCCUUAAAAAGUCGGGAAAAAACAGUGUACUGGCGUCCGAAACAUUGAAUUUUGAAUUUCCCACUGACGUGUUGUAGGCAUAUAGUUUACUGGUGGAUCGAAAGUAGAGGCUGAUGUUGUUUGCCACAAAUCUAACGUGAAAUAGCUUUACUUCUCAAAAAGUAAAAUGCGUGCUCUAUUUAGGCAACGUUUUGUUACUUUGCGUUCUGAUUAAUAAUCUAAAAAUAUCUUUCAAUUUUCACUCAACAUUUCUACAAUUAAAUGUGAUUGAAAUGCUCACUGUGCAGUAAAAACUGCUUUUUCCUUACUCCCGGCUAUUUUCUUCGAGCUCCCGAUAACUCGAACUCCCGAUAACUCGAACCCUUUUCGAUUUCCCUUGAAGGUUCGAGUUAUCGGGAGUCGACUGUAGUCAGUUUCGAGUGUCGACGACGUUACCCUUCACUUGCAGGUAGCUGAAGAACAGCCACUUACAAAGUACUUUGAAUUGUUUGAUAAUGCAGGAGGUAGCGUGUCCGAGUGAUAAGAGCUCUGGACCCGCAGAUCCUGAGUUCGAGUCCUAGGCCAAGCUUGUAAAAUACCCAGCUGGUUUGCCUCUUGCCUGUUGUGAUACUUAAUCUUGUUAUGUUGCAUUUGAAUUAUUUCUUUUAUUGAUUUCCUCGGUCUCAUUAGCCUUUGUUGCCUUUGUUUUCAUGUGCUGUUUACAUUUUCAAAUAAAGAUGAAAAUAACACAAAAAACGUCUAUAACGCUUUGAUAACAGUGGAAAAAGCUCAAUUUGAAUUCGCCCGGCUCCCCGCAUUUGUAAAUCGCGUAUUGAACUAGAAGUGGUAUGAUUACCUAUGCAAAAAGGACGCGGUACAAUUUUCUUUGUUGUGUUUCAGUGCGAACCGAUCCCCAAUAACGGAUUCAAACGAGGUAGUUAUCGUUGCACCUGCAAACCAGGAUUUUAUUUCCCAGACAUCAACGCAAACCUGAAAGCUUUCAACGGCAGCAUUAUCGAAGAAGAGUAUGACAAAAAGAUGAAAGGACUCCAGACAGACUACGAUGACAAGUUUAAUUGCAUUCCAUGCAGUGAGGGUUGUGAGGAAUGUACGGACGGCAGCCCUUGUAUUUACAAGGGACAAAUAAUUCCUCGGAUAGUCCUUAUCAGUGUCAAUGGCUUAGCUGCCAUGAUGGCUAUUAUGAUCGGAGUUAUGGUAUUCUACCUCCGGGACAGUAAAGUAAGUAAUAGCUGAUCGGUUCGUUCGUUUUUAAAUUCAGACGGCAGGUCAAGGUAUUUCAAUGAUAUUUCCUAGUUUGGCUAGCUAAUUAUGUCCCAACUAAAAAAGGAUUUUAUUUAUGUUUAGAGAUAUAAGGCUUUGAUAGAUUGUGCCAGCAUGUUUUUUGGCAUAAUUCGGUCAUCACAAGCAUAAUUUUCACCAGUUUCCUGAAAAAAGCACUGCUAACAUAAUUUUCACUUUUGUUUGGUCUUGCAGCACAAAAUUGUCAUUCAUUGAUCAAGCAACCAAUUUGUUUGGCCCGAGAUUAAUGUUACAGGCCAAUUUAAGUAACAAAAUCAUUAUUUUGUCUGCUUAUUGUCUGUUUAUUCAUGGGACCUGGAUCUCACAGGAAGUGACCCAGGAUUCUUUCUACAGGACUCGGCGCAUGCACAUAACUAGCUCGGUUACCCAAGAUGGCGUCCAAGUGCUAGUUGUUACCGAUUGUUAAUUGUUUGAGUUUUUAUAGUUGUCUGACAAAGAAUUAUGCAUUCUUAAAGUUUCUUGAUGUAAAUAGGGUAAAUGUGUUUGCCAUUUACUUGUUUGCUGCAUAGUUAUUGAGGUGUUUCAAGCAAAUUUAAACUAAACAAGGAUAAUUUCAGCAGUUGUCACUAAAAUGAGCAUAAUUUACAAAAACUAGCAUAAUUAUUGGCAUGAAUAUACGAGUACUUCUAGUAGCAUAUUGUGCUACUUUUGCGAGCACAGUCUAUCAAUUAAGCCUUUUUAGAAAUCACUUCAUAAUAAUGAAUAAUUAUACCGGAGCACCAUGGUAAUAAAAUUUGUUUACCUAUGCAUCCAAGAAAUUUUCGUUGUGAAAAAAUCGUGUGAACGUAUGUCCGUCCGUUCGUCUGUCCGUCCAUAUGUUAGCGGAAUGUGAUAUGUCACACUUUCGCUUUGGGGUCCAAGGAAUAUGCAAUCUGCUAAUCUUAAUCCUGGGUAUCUAUGUCAAUUGAGAAUGGUCCAAAAAGGGUAUCCGCAAACCAUUGUUACAUAACUGUAUCGCGGGCUUAGGUGUGGACGUGAUUUUUUUUUAAGGUUCUCCGUUCACCAGUUAUGUUUUCAAUUAAUCGCAGGCUCAGGUUCAUUUUUUUUUUAAGGAGUUUAGUUCGCUUCUUGCUUAUGGCAAAAGCUGAAUUACUGCAGAAAGAGAUUUCUUAAAAGAUCCCUCGAUAGCUUCGCUUUUGGCCUUGGCUAAAUCUUUACAUUAGUUAUUCUUCUCUCGGUCAGGUAUUUGAUGUGGCAAGUCCUGUUUUUCUGGAAAUUCUUCUUCUCGGUUCUGUUUUCAUGUAUUCAUCGGUAAGUCGUGCGACUUUCAUUGUUUUUCUCUUUGUUUCGUUCUGCAUUACUCUCAUAUUAAUUUUUUUUUUACCAAUGAUUCAAACUUUCUGCUUUAGUUGGCGGCAGCUUAUGUUGGGCCCUCCUCUUUGACCUGUACGAUAGAAAUUUGGUUGUACCAGUGUGGAUUCUUUGUUGUUUAUGGAACCAUCGUUUUGAAAAUUUGGAGGUAAGGCUCAUGAUCAUGCACUCGACAAUUUCGUUAAUGUUUUUCUGUUACUGCUACAAGGAAAAUCUAUUGUUGUGUUUACACACCCCUUCUUAAGAAAAAAAAAGUAACAAAGGCAAAAAUGAUGAUAAUAAUAAUACUACCCUGUACAUGACGUUGUCUUCCUUCGUUCCGAAAAUCGACGAGCACGCUGUUACAAAUUAUGUGUGAUACAGUCAGUUCUCUGUAGCUUUAAUUCUUCACUCCAUGGAAAGUAGAUUUCUUCACAUGUUCAUAUUUUAGAAUUCUGUACUGUGUUCUACACUUAAAGGAUUCAUCGACAUCUAUUCGCGUAAAAAAUUCGAUGAUCUACAGUCAAUCUACACACCCGAUCAGCUCCACGACUCCGAACGACUACACAGUUCCAAGACUCUUGCACAAAGUUCAGUUCUCAGAUCACGUGACGAGUUUUCCGCCACAAUGAAACACACGCGAGCGAAACACACGCGAGCGAAGCGGGCGCGCCUGGGCGAGCGCGGAGCGUCGCACCCCCUUUACGCUAGUGGUUAAAAAUCCACCGCGGUUUUUAUUUUCAUACGCUCACUCGACGAUCUCUAUAAGAGAAAAUAUAGGGUCUGUGAACAGGCCAUAAUAAUACUCUCCAUCAAGUAUACUUCUACUUAUUUAUUACCCUAUUCCUUAGGAAUGGGCUCGUUUAUUACGUUGUAUUAUAAAAUAAAGUUAAAGGAGAUGAUUUAUAAUAAAGUCGCUCCCUGACGAGGUCGUUGCGAGUUCAAUUACAUUCUUUAAAAUUCUUUGCGGGUUUUUCUUCUCCCGGUCGAGAUUUUUAAUCCACGUUACGACGGCAGCGGAUCGUGUUCGUUUUCAUUUGAUAGAGCAGCUGACUGGAUUUCCAUUUUUUUGCAUUUUUUUGCAUUUUGUUGUUGUGUUGUUGGUUCAUUUUAAAACCUUUUAUUUUCUCUCAGAGUAUCAGCUUCUUUCCGUGUCCGUUCUCCAAGGCGAGUUGAGGUGACGGAAGGCAUGAUGGCUGGCCGUUUGAUUAUCUUGUUCUCUUGCCUUGUUAUUUACCUACUCGUAUGGACUUUGCUAAUGCCUCCUCACGUCAUUACCAAUACAAGUGUGCUGAGAUUCAAACAGUGCUCUCUAGGUGACAUGAAUUACGUUAACUUUUGCGGUGAGUUCAAAAUACAGAUUAAAGACGUAUUGCUGACGACAAAAACGAAUCAGCGACCCUCUCAGAUUAAAAGAUAAAAUAGUUAUUAAAUAACGUUUUUGUCCGCCAAGGCUGAUAAUACGUACCCUGACCUUGAUUGUUCCAGAUAUUACAAAACCCUUAUCUAAUAAUUGCUUUAUUAUACAAUGCAAUUGUUUUGUUAUACAAAAUGAAAUAAUGACAAAAGCACCGUCGCACGGAACACAAUUUGAAAUUGAUCUUGGAGUCAUACAUUGCAAGCAACCUGUUGCUAAGUUAAUUAUCUGGUAGCAGAUAACUGACUAAUGUGUAGGUAAUGUGCUGUUAUUCAAAAUUAGUUGUAAGCUCUUAGUCAAUGACGAGACACAUAGACAUACUUGUAUUCGUGAGAGGACAUAGUUUAUCUCGUGUUUUUGCUUUGUUUGUUUGUUUGUUUGUUUUUUUUUUAUCUUUUCCCGAAGUUUUAAACAAAUUAUGACCUCCUCUCCACUGUAGUUAUUUUCCUCUUUGACCUUGCUAUGUUUACUCGUAUUAUUAGUUUCCUUUUCUCCAGAGCACUGAGAAAACAGCUGACAUUUAACCACGCCUCCACAGGUUUUCCCGCGGAAUGACGUCUGAGAAACGGGCGCACAAAUUCCAUACUGCUGACGCGUCUAUCCAGAUCUGGGUUGUAACGCGUUUAUCAAUAUGGAACUUCUGUGGUCGUUUCUCAGACGUUAUUUCGUGGGGAAACCAGUAAAGGCGUCGCGAAAUGUCGGCUGUUUUCUCAGGCUACAUGGCAACUAUGUUUUACUUCACCAGUGACUGCGCGCUUUUCAUAAAAAAAAACAAAUGAAUACAUAUGGGCUAGACACUUAGUACAUGUACAUUUAUCAAUGUUAUACUUCCCCUAUUUAAUUGUAUAUUUUUAAUCAUUCAUACUAUCCAGGUAAUUUUAUUCUUUUGGCGGUUGCCUUGUUUCUUUGUGUCCGCGUUCGCAAUGCACCAUCGGCCUACAACGAAACAAGAUUUACCACUUGGGCUGUCUAUAACGCCAUGUUCGUCACGUGCUUUGUUGCUGUAUUAAGGUAAGUUAAAAGUGGUUGAAAUUGUUCAGUGCCUCUCCUUAGAAAUGAUAAAAACCUCUAUUUAUGCCUGUCAGACAUGUAAUUGAAACACCUUUUGUUUCAGAAUUCUUACUGCGAACAACACCAAUUCCGACAUUCUGUUCGCCACAAAGUUUAUACUGAUUCAGAUGACAGCUACAGUCACGUUGCUGUUAUUGUUUAUACCGAAGGUAACUGAUUUUAAAGUGUGUUUGUUUGUUUGUUUGUUUGUUUUUGUCCUGAUUGUUGAAUAAGGCCUCCUUCGUUUUUGUCUCCGGUUAAGCCUUCCAUCCACAUGAAACAAAUCAAACCUAGUACUUGGGUGCCGGCACCGUGCCCGAAUUCUAGCAUGGGUGCUUGAAAAAGGGGAGUGUUCACAGUAGUGUCCAGCGAAUACUGUACUUGUGCACCGUGCCCGGACACCUAGUGUGAACGCUGUCCAAUAUUUCCAUUGUAACCCCCCUCGGCUGCUGAGGCAACUGGCAUGCAACAAGGAUAAAAACUGAGGUUUUUAACCUACACCAGCGUAGGUGAGUUGGUCAGGAAUGUUGACUGUGGUUCUGGAGUAUCCGUAAUGAAAUUGUCCACGUGUCAGAUCUGGCGAUCAUAUUUGUACUCGAGUAGAGUAGAACAAUUUGAAAACGCUGCUGAAAUUAAGUAAAAAAGACAACUCAUAGUUACAUAUCGUACUGGCCCGGGUUUUUUAAAAUUUGGAUAGCGCUAUCCACCGGAUAAAUUACUAUCCAGCGGAUAACUAUUAGCGAAACCAGUUGCGCUAUUCAGUGGAUAGAGAUUUAUCCAGUGGAUAAUGUUAGUGUGGACAGGGCCUAAGGCACUCAAAUAAACAAGUAUGAGAAAUUAAAAAAUCGUUAAGGUUUUGCUAAGUGGCAGUUUUUUUUAUUAAUUCGUUAAUAGCUUGUCUUACUACGUAAAAUGCGAGGGAAGGAGUUCAGCCGUCGUUUAACUGAAAUCAGUCAUGAACCAAGAAGCUCAAUCCAGACCUCCAACGGAAGUUAUUUACAUGAUGUAUCAUCACUGGAAAGAGAAAACGAGGAUUUAAAGGUAGUUUUUGUUUAGAACGUUUUCUCUUUUAUUUAGAAUUGCCUCACCCUGCUAACAAUGCCUUUCUUUUACUUGUUCGAUUUGGUGUACUCGAGAAGGAGUCUGCAUGAAUCGGGUAAAAUCUUUGUUGAGCAUGCGCGGCAUGUUGUUAGGAUAUAGUUUCAAACCCAGGCCUAGUAGCCGUUUGCUUGAUAUACCGGGCUCAGUCAUGGCCAUCGGUUUAUCAAUAAAUGGAUGCUCAUACUCGGAAAACCAUUAUGACGAGAGAGAAGAAGGUCAACUAGUCCCGAAAUUCGAGCUGCGGUGACUUAAUAGCCUUGACGUGAUUCUGAAAGAUCCUCCUUUUCUUCUUCUCAUUUGUAAGGCUGCGAUUCUUUAGAAUAUCCAAAAAUACCAUUCACAUUAUAGUCAAUAGGAUUAUAAACAAUUACCCAUUGAUAGCUUGGCUUCACGUUGACAAUCAUUAUUCCUCACGCAAUCCAAACUUAGUAAUCCAUCACGCAAUUAUCUAGUUUGUAAUGAAAAUGUAAUGUAUGUAUUUUGUUUGUUUGUUUGUUUGUUUUUUUUCACAGGAGGAAGUUAAGAGACUAGCCAACAAAGUUGCCAAUCUGCAGUCUCGUCUCAUGAAGGACAAAAAUAAGCACAUAAAGAGCACUAGCAAUAGUCUUUCUCGAAUUCGUUCCUCGACGAACGAUGAACAUUGUGACGAUCACACACAGAAAAAAAUGUCUUCGUCACCAUUUUCUAGUUUCCUGAACUCGCGAGUAUGAAUGUUUUUCUUAUGUUGUGUUCACACAGUGGCUUAACGUGUAUUGCCUUAAUAUCAAACACCUUUCACUCUGAAAUGGGUUCACACGAGAGAUCGCUCGUUCCCAGACGCCACUUUCCCCCUGUUAAGUGAAGAGAGCCCCUAAGGUUUUCUCCUUAACAGAGGCUCCUUUGUGCCAGUAGGAGAAUGGGGAGAGGAAUGAGGAGAGGGUAAAAAUAGGUUCCGCAUGCAACACUCAGAUGUUUAUUCUGUCUUUCAUGGGCUGUUGAAUAACUAGCUUUUAUUUGAGUUUCUGCCUGUUUCUUGCUUUUGUUUUUGUUCUUGUUUUGUUUUGUUUUGUGUUAUGUUUGCAAACCUGUUUUGUGUCUGAUGUGAGCACAACAUGAAUAUUCGAUAAAACUACAGUUUUAAUAUGAAUUAAAAAGUGUAAAAUAAUGUUAAGUAAACUCGAAAAAUCGGUGGUUUUGUAAUUAUUUGAAGACCUACGAAUUACGUGCUGUCUAAAAUCAUUUUCCCCAUGCAACCUCUCAAAAAAAUUCGCCAUGCCUACGUUAUUGAAAUUCUAGGGACAACAAAUGAGCUUGAAUAAUCGCGUCCUCGUGUUAUUUUAAUCUGUUUUAGCUGUAUGUUCCUAGUUCGACCGUUGAGGACUGAAUGAUUUAUUUUGAAUAUUUAAAUGUUCUUAUUCAAGUUACAUAAUGUGAAUACCCUACAUUCCAUAAAUAUUUCGGAGAAUUCCCGCCCAAACGCAGGCGUUUUUAAAAAUCAAAGUAUCUGC